ACAUUUUCAAUAGAAAUGUAUAUUGCCAUGUGGUGAAUUUUUUUUAUUUGUAAAAUUACAUAUUUUCUUAAAGUUUAAAAAUAAAUUUUUAACUUUCACAUUAUAUCAACAACUUGUUAAUAGAGAGUGAUGUACAUUUUAUAGACAUUCAAUCAUGUUGUAUCGAAAAAUUUUAAAUAAAACAUUUUCUAACCUCACUUUUGCCCAUCACCGGUAUUUAUCCGUUUCGUACAAUUUAAAUCGUUCUUUCAUCGAUAAAUCGUCAUCGUCAUUGGAAAAUAAUUUUCCCGACGAUUUAAAAACAUCUGAAGUUACAGAACUUCUUGAAAAUGCUACAACUUUUAGCGAUGCAGAUGAUAGUAAUUGGAUAAAGAAUCCUUAUCCCGAAACUGCACCAGUGAAUUUACAAACAAAAACCGAAGAACCAAAAGUUCUACCAAAUGAUAAUUCAAUUAUUUUAUUUCCCGGACAGGGAACACUUAAAGUUGGUAUGAUUAAAGAAUAUUUACGUUUUCCACGUGUUAAAGAAAUGUAUUCGAUAGCGAGUGAAAUUUUAAAUUAUGACUUGAAAAAAUUAACGUUAGAAGGACCACAAAGUGAACUUGAUAAAACGGAAUUCAAUCAAAUAGCAACAGUUGUUGCAAGUUUGGCCGCUUUGGAAAAAUUAAUUGAAGAUCGACCCAAUGUUUUGGAUAAUUGUAGAUGUGUUGCUGGAUAUAGUGUUGGUGAAUUGACUGCAUUAAUAUUCUCGGGAGCAAUUAAUUAUGAAUCUGGUCUUAGACUUGUUCAUCAAAGAGCAAAAGCAAUGGCAAAAGCUUCUCAAUAUUCGAAACAAGGAAUGUUGUAUGUUUACACAAAAGCUGAAUCAAAUGUUUCUCAAAGUUGUAAGGAUGCUGAAGCUUGGGCAAGAGAUUUAGGAUUCAGUGAUGCUGUUUGUCGAAUUGCAAUUUAUGUACACACUCAAGGUAAAGUAAUUGGUGGAAAUGAUGAAGCCCUUAAAUAUAUUCAAGAAAAUAGUGCAAAAAUGGGUUUUAAAAAUGUAAGAAGACUACCAGUUUCAGGAGCAUUUCACACGCCAUUGAUGCAACCAGCAAUUAAACCAUUCAAGGCAAUUUUAAAUAAUACAUUAAUUGAAGAACCACGAGUAACAGUGUACGCUAAUUGUAAUGCCAAAAAUUAUAACACACCAGAAAUGAUUAGAAAAAAUUUAUUAAAACAAUUAGUGCAGUCAGUAAAAUGGGAACAAAUUAUGCAAAAAAUAUAUUCAAGACCACCAGGAACUACUUAUCCAAGGACAUUUGAUGUUGGAUCACAGGGAAUGUUAAAAAGUACUUUAAAAUCAAUUAAUAGUAAAGCUCACAACUGGUGUUAUUCAGUUUGACACUUUAUUUCCUUUUUCAAUUUAAUGAGCCAGUUAUAAUAUUUAGUAAAUAUAUAACUUUUUUUUUUUUUCCUAUUAUUGUUGAUAUUCUGAUUCAACGAAAGGUAUUGAAAAUAAUUUUUAAAUAUCGCAAUGCCUAUUGUUUUGUACAAUUAAAAAAAAAAUUUUACAUUUUUUUUUAAAAAAGGUUUUUCUUAAAAUAAAAUUCUAUUUUAAAUGGUA